AUGGCGCAGCAGGUGGGGGCGUUUGAAUCCACGUGUGGGGCAGCAGGGCGGGGAAGCGAGGAGGCGGUUAGGGUGGCCAUUCAACAGCUGAUGGAGGUCGUCGCCAAUCAAGGCCUCACACUCCAUAGGCUUUCCGCCACAGCUGCUACAGCUGCUCCCGCUGCUACAGCCCCUACAGCCGCUACAGCCACUACAGCCGCUACAGGCGGGGAGGAGGAGCAAUGGGAAGAUCCCUUGGUGUUGGCCGUGGGAGGGGUGGUGGGAGCAGCGGCUGCGGCACUUAAGAGCUGGCUAAGUGUCGUUGUGGAGGGGAGGAAGGGGAGGAAGGGAGGAGUGGGAGGAGGUGGAGGUGCGGGGAAGGUGGCAACUGGUGCAGGUGCAUCUGGUGGGCAUGUACUGUUGCAGCCGCCCAAGGCUGCUCUAGCUGAUUUAAGGGAGGCUCGUGAUGUGCUGGACGUGUGGCGGCAUGAGCUGGCACGGCUGCACUCGCGCCUAGUCAGCGUCGUCUGCCGCUCCCAGCUGAUGUCAGCAUGCGGCCGCAUGACCUGGCAGCCAGCAUCGCCAGCUCAGCUCCCGGGCCAGGACCACACGAUGGCCCCUGCUGACGUGGCAAUGGCGUCUGCUUGCGCUUUCCUGGACCAAGCGAUAGACAUUCGGCAGCAGCAUGAGGGGUGGGAGGAGGCGAUGACAGCAGCUGCUCUGGUGUGCGACCUGGAAGCUUCCUCAGGCAUCAGCAACACCGGUGGUGCUGACGUGGACAGGUGGAGGCGCUUCCUGGAGCCACUCACAGACAGCCACGUGGCAGACAUUCUCGAAGGCGACCUUGCCAGCUGGCGGGCGGCGCAGGGCAUCUACUGGGCGGCAGUGGCCCGGGAGGAGGAGGCACUGGCGGGGCUGCUGCAGGCGCGACUGGGGGAGGUGCCAUCCGCCAUGGGGCGGCUGCAGCUGCUGGCGCAGUGCUCGUCCUUUACUGCGCUGCCGCGGGUGUCAGCACGCCUGCAGCACGACUUGCAGCAAAUGCUGCACGAGGUGGCAGCAGAGUUCCCAAAAAACACAUUCUGUCUGCAACCUUUUGAAUGUGCUGCUUCCCUCUGCCCUUACCACCCUUCCACCGCCCCCCUUCCGUUUCUUCCUUCCUCCCCCAUUUAUUUCCCAUCCCCUUUCCCCCUCUGCUCUCCCGUCCCCAUUCCCCAACUCCUUCACCUUUCCUUCCCAUUCCCCAUCUUCCGUUUCCUCUCCGCCUCCCCAUUCCCCCUCCCCCACUCUCCUUCCCAUCCGCCCUCCCCAUUCCCCUUCCCCAUCCCCUUUCCCAUCUCCCCUCCCCCUCCCCAUCCCCCACCCCCCUCCCCACUCCCCGUCUCCCCUUCGCCAGACGUGCAAGCACUGGAGGAGCAGCUAUGGCACCCAACCGCAGCCUGCCACGUGUCCUCUCUUGCCCAGCUCAGGGGCGUGCCACGUGUUGCCGCCUCAGUGGCUCGCGCCAAAGCCAUUCACGGGAAGCUGAGGGCGCUAGACGCGGCCCUGCACGCUCUGCUGGGUGACAGCUGGCGCAGCGGGAUUGGUCGGGCGGGGAGGGGAGGGAGCAGGAGGGGAAGAGGCGCGGGGGGAGCGGUGGGGAUGGGUGGAGAUGGGGAGGGAGGGGUUGAGUGUGGUGGGGCGGGGUGGGGAGCGGUGACGGACGGUGGGCUGCGGAGGUCGAUUGCUCGGCUGCUGGAGGAGGCGUUGCAGCAGACGGACCCUCAGAAAUGGCUGCAAGAAAAGCUCGCUCCCACCACCACCACCAGCAACAACAGCAGCAUGAGUGCGGAGGAGGCAGAGGAGGCCCUACGAGACCCUGUGCUCGCCCCCUGCUCGUCCCGCCCUAACGAAUACCGUCAAUCAGUGGCUGCAAGAAAAGCUCGCUCCCUGCUCGUCCCCCUGCUCGUCCCCCUGCUCGUCCCCCUGCUCGUCCCCCUGCUCGUCCCCCUGCUCGUCCCCCUGCUCGUCCCCCUGCUCGUCCCCCUCACAAGUGACUCUCUCUCUCCCCCUUCGUCCAUCCCUCCACUCUCCCUUCAGACCGUCAAUCAGUGGCUGCAAGAGAAGCUCGCUCCCCACACUGGCAGCACCAGCAGCAGCAGCAGCAUGAGCGCGGAGGAAGCAGAGGAGGCUCUCAGAGGCCCUGUGCUCACCUCCUGCUCGUCCCGCCCGCCCCUGGCUGACGUCAGCAACAGCAGCGCGGCUACAGCCGGGGAGGAGGAGCAGGCGGAGCCGCUGCUACAGCUGCAGGUGAGGGGGAGAGACAAUGAGGGGAGGAAGGUUAGGGGUGGAAGGUUAGGGGUGGGACACUGGCAGGACGGGGAGAUGAGGCACAGACGACUUGUGUAUGGGGAGGAGGAGCAGGCGGAGCCGCUGCUACAGCUGCAGGCAGGCGGAGCCGCUGCUACAGCUGCAGGUGAGGGGGAGAGAGGUGGGCGAUUAGGGGUGGGACACUGGCAGGACGGGGAGAUGAGGCACACGCGCCUUGUGUAUGGGGAGGAGGAGCAGGCAGAGCCGCUGCUACAGCUGCAGGUGAGAGAAAGAGGCCGAGCUGUUGCUACAGCCGCAGUCGACUCAAAGGCGCGGGGUGGGGUGCUGCCUCUGAGUCGACUCAAAGGCGCGGGGUGGGGUGCUGCCUCUGCCACUCUGCCCAUCCGCCCUCUUCCCUUUUCCCUGUCUGCCUCUCUGCCUCUCCGCCCCUCUGCCCAAUCAUCCCCCAAUCACUCCCUUCGGGCAUCCGGCUUCCACAUCCCGCACCACCUGCUCGCCUCCACCCUCUCCGCCUCCACCAUCUCCCCUAAUGCCCCUCUCCCCCUACCUGACCGCCUGCCCUCUGCCCCUUGCCCCUCUGCCCUGCCUGUGCAAUACAAGGCGAGUCUUCUCCAUUUGAGUGAAGAAGUCCGCACCCUUCGGGCAUCAGGCUUCCCCCACCAGCUGCUCGCCUGCGCCCUCUCCGCCUCUGCUGCCGCCUCCUCCGCCUCCACCAUCCCCGCCUUGCCCCGAUCUAACUCCCCUCCUCUGCCUCUGCUCCUCUGCCUGUCUGCUUUUCCACUCCUAUCCUCCCACCUCUCCCGCCCCCUUACCACCUGCAAACCCCCUUUUCAGGUGCAAUACAAGGCGAGUCUUCUCCAUUUGAGUGAAGAAGUCCGCACCCUUCGGGCAUCAGGCUUCCACAUCCCGCACCACCUGCUCGCCUGCGCCCUCUCCGCCUCUGCUGCCGCCUCCUCCGCCUCCACCAUCUCCAGAGCGCUCGAGAGCUUCGCUGACGUCAGCGCUGGCGUCAGCAAGGGCGUGCUGCCGCUGGUGGCGGCUUCGCGAGAAGCGGUGCUGGGGUUAAUGCAGAGCGGUGAGUGGGCACAAGCGGUGCUGGGGUUAAUGCAGAGCGGUGAGUGGGCACAAGCGGUGCUGGGGUUAAUGCAGAGCGGUGAGUCGGCACAAGCGGUGCUGGGGUUAAUGCAGAGCGGUGAGUCGGCACAAGCGGUGCUGGGGUUAAUGCAGAGCGGCCAGGGCGUGGUGUGGGAGGAGGAGGAAGAGGAGGACGAGUUUGCAGUGUGCCUGUGGGGUGCUGUCGUGCCGAGGAGGGAACUGGGUCAGGGAGUGGUGUGGGAGGAGGAGGGAGCAGGACGAGUUGGCGGCCAGGGAGUGGUGUGGGAGGAGGAGGACGACGUGGAUGAGUUGACAGUGUGCCUGCCAGGGCGUGGUGUGGGAGGAGGAGGACGAGUUUGCAGUGUGCCUGUGGGAUGGAAUGGAGGGAGCUUGGUGUGCCAGGGAGUGGUGUGGGAGGAGGAGGACGAGGUGGAUGAGUUCGCCGUGUGCCUGUGGGAUGCUGUAGAGGCAUUUUCAUCUGCAGCUGCUGCAGCCAAAGAGAGGCAUGAGGCGGCAUGGCAGUGCCUUGAGCGGAUUCGUUCCUGUGCCUAUAAGGACCUGCCAACUCAUCUCCGCCAGCUGGCGCACGCGGUAAUCGCAGCGAUCUCCCGGCCGCCUUACCCGGCUGCCAUGUCAGCUGCCACGUUAGCAGUGUGGCAGCGUGAGGUGGCUGCCACGUGGGCCGCCCCGCUGCUGAUGCAAGCACAGGCUGUGCUGCAGCAGAAGCUGACGUCAGCCCUCUGCUGCUGGCUGAAGAAAUGGAAGGACCUGAUUGGACGAGACUCUCCUGCUGCUACAGCUGCUGCUACAGCCGCCACGGGUGCCAAAUCUGCUACAGCUUCUGCUGCUGCUGCUGCUGCUGCUGCUGCGGCGGCGGCGGCGGCUGCAAGGGUUAAUGAGGCUUCUAAGGGAUCUCCUGAGAAGGUUGGUGGUCUGCAGGUGGUGGUGAGAGAGAUUGAGGCUGUGCUUUCACUGCAUCAGCCCUCUGGUGUAGGGAAGGAACGAGCAGGUGGAGGAGCCGACGCAGCAGGGGCGGCAGGAGCGGCAGGAGCGGCAGGAGCGGCAGGGGCGGCAGGGGUUGUAGGAGGAGAGUCGAAGGGGGAAGAUGGGAGUGAGACUGAGUCGUUUGUGUUGCAGCUGCUGCAGGAGCAGAUGGGGAUGCUGACGCACCGAGUGGCUGUGAGGGGGUCAGGCGCAGGGGCGGUGAGAGUGGAAGGAGGAGGAGCGAGUGGCAGGAUGGAGGUGGAGGUACAGCCUCCUCUCUGCGAGUCUCAGCAGCGGCUGCAGGACUGUGUUCAGCUGCUGCUCGCUCCCGCUCUCUCUGCUGCUGCAGAGGCCAACAGUGUCCUCUCCUCCGCCUCUGCUGCUUUCUUGCUCUCUCCCACUCCCACUCCCGCUCUCUCUGCUGCUGCUGAAGUGAGCGGCAUGCUCUCCUCCUCCUCUGCUUCCCUGCAUCAUCCCGAGGCUGCUGGUAACUUCAAUGACGUCAGCAGCAGCGUCAGCGCGGAUAGCUAUCACAGCACGGCGAGAGGCGGGGCUAGUGUGGGCAGUCUGUUAGUAGUGAGCUUUGUGGUUCCGGCUCGGCUGGAGGCUUGUGCGUAUGGGGUGGUGGAGGCGGUGGUAGGGGCGGCUGAGGGGUGGGUGGGCGAGUGGAGGGUGAGAGUGGCGCAGGCGGAGGGAAAGCUGGAAAGGUGUGCCCGUGCUGCUGCUGCUGCCCCAGCUGCUGUUAGCGAAAGUUCCAACACCUCCCUUCCCCCGUCUUCGACUGAACUCUGGCGUUCCCUUAUGAACGAAGUUCAGCAGGUUCGGAACCAGCUGGCUGCCAAACCUGCGGUGGUUAGGUUCGGCGCAGCUGACAGAACCUCGCUCUUAGCCUUGGACGCAGGCUCGGUGAGGGAGGCACUGGUGGGUCGGUGUGAGGCUUGGAUACGGGCGGCUGAGGAGGAUAUAGAAGGCAGGGCGGUUCGGGGAUGUAACGAGGCGAUUAAAGAGGUAUCUGAGCUGAAGAAACUAUUAGAAAGGAUUAAGAGGGAGGCGGAAGGGGAAGUUACGGAGAGAGGAAGGGAGCAAAGGAAGGUGCGAGCGGGAGAGGAGGGCGAGGAGGGCGAGGAGGCGGAGGGUGAGGAGGAAGAGGAGGAAGAGGAGGGAGCGGGGGGAGCGGAGAACAAGGCAGGUGUGGGUAAUGGUGGUGCUGGUAAGGGUGAAGGGUUGAGUGGGGAUGUGUGGAGGCUGAUAGAGCAUCUAGAGAGAGUGAGGGAGGCGGAGAGGAGGGUAGUAGAGGUGAAUGAGGGAGUGGAGAAAGUCAGGCCGUUAGUAGAGGCGGCGGUUGCUAGGGGAGGGGGAAGUGGCAAGGGGAAAAGGAGCACUAGCAGCAGCAGCAGCGGUGGUAGGAGCAGUAGUGCUGGCGUUGGGGUGGCGCUGGUACAGGCAAGCUGGAAAGAGCUGGAGAAGGAGUGGGGAGGGUUGGAAUGGGCAAGAAAGGCUGUAUUGGGAGGGAGAGGAGGAGAGGAAGGGAAAUCAGCAGGAAAAGGAGUAGAAGCAGUGGCAGGGGAAUCUCCCAGCGGGAUAGUUUUCCUCCAGGGGCUUGUGAGCGUGCAGGUGUUGAGUGCAGUGCAGGUGCAUGUGGGGGAGGUGGGGAGGUGUAUGGAGGAGCUUGAGACGUGGUGGGACGCUGCAGCUCCUACUAGUGUGGAUUGCUCUAGGGGAAGAGCUGCUGGUGCGCUGGUGCAGUGCGCACGCUUAGUAGGGCAGCUUAAAACGAGGAUAGAGCUCGUGAGGAGGGCGAUUGGGUUGGUGGGAGGGGCGGGCGGGGAGGAGGACGAGGAGGUGGGGAGAGUGGAGGGGAGGUUAGAGAGGGUGGUUGCAGAAGGGGAGGAGAUGCAGCGUAUGUGGCUGUUGAUUAAUCAACUUUUGGAUGUUAUUGCCUCUGUGGAGGGGAUUAGGGUUGCGGAUUUCAACCCGGGAUCGGACUUAACCCCUCUGCACUCUGCCUUGAGCGAUGUGAAUCAGGAGGAGGAGGUUUUCGGGCAGCAUGGCGCGUUCCGGGCAGUUCAAUCGGCUGCCCGGAAACUAAUCGCGAGCCUAGGUCUGGUGUCGAAGCUAGUUAAAGCCUCGCUGCAAGAGGCCCAUUGGAGAGGCCUCGCCCGAGCGUUGGGGUUCCAAGCCAAGGGCGGGCUCGGCGCCGGAGGUACCCUGCAGGUUCGGGAUCUGGUUCGGGCGCUGGGAGGCUUGGAGGGUCGGGCGGCAGCGGAGCAGGUUUUAUCUGCCGUCCAGGGGGAGGUGGCAUUGAGACAGUUUAUGGAUAAGGUUGAAAAGGAGUGGGGCGAGCAGGAGUGGGCUUUUAAGGGGUUUAGAGACAAGUGGAAAAUCGUGGGGAAUUUGGGGGUGGUUGGGGAAAUGGUGCUAGAGCAUUUGAGUAUGCUUGGAGCGAUGAAGCAGUCUCCCUUCUUCCCUCCGUUUAGAGAGGCUGUGAGGGAGUGGGAGGGGCGACUGGGGCGGCUGAGUGAGCUGGUGGAUGCGCUAGCAGACGCGCAGUCCAAGUGGGUCCGUUUGGAAGCACUCAUGACGUCACCUGCUGUCCGGUCGAUGCUACCCGACACGCACCGCGCCUUCCACGAAGCUUCCCUCCCGUUCACGGAGUUCCUGGGAUCGCUCGCCGCCCGCCCUCUCGCGAUCGACCUGGAGGGACUUGCGGAAGAGGACGACGGAGCCGGGCGGCAGGUUUUGGCGGUUUGUGAGGAGGUGUUUGGGCGGGUGCUUUUGGAGGUUCAGGCACAUCUGGACAAGCAGAGGCGGAUGCUGCCAAGGCUGUACUUCCUGGGGGAUGACGAUCUGCUGCAGCUCAUCUCUGCUUCGCCCUCUGAUUUAUCUGCGUUGCCGCAUCUGGACAAUCUGGACAAGCAGAGGCGGAUGCUGCCAAGGCUGUACUUUCUGGGGGAUGAUGAUCUGCUGCAGCUCAUCUCUGCUUCGCCAUCUGAUCUCUCUGCUGUACGUAUAAGUGGGCCUGACCUUUCCCCCUUCCCCCUGGUCACCCCUUUCAGGUGCACGUGCACAUUCGCAAGCUCUUCACAGCAGUCUCACAGCCCCCCUCCCAUCCUCAUUCUACUCCCUCUUUUCCCCUCUCUCCCCUCCCCCCGUCAGGUACACGUGCACAUUCGCAAGCUCUUCACUGCAGUCUCGGGCAUUGAAGUAUCCACAGUCUCUGAUACCAUUUUGCCAGAAAGUACAGCAGAGGAUGUAGUGAAGUUUGCACCUUCAGGGGACGCAGGGAAGAGAGUAUUUAUCAUGGCAGCUCUUUCCGACGGGGAGCGGCUCGUGCUGCACCGACCGGUGGAGCUUGCGGAAGGUGCUGCCACGUCAGCGAGUGCCACGUCAGCGGAUGCCACGUCAGCGGGUGCCACGUCAGCGGAAGGACAGAAGCCAGCAGGAGCCACCAAGUGGCUGCUGGAUCUCGACAUGGCGCUGCGGACGACUCUGAGCGACCUGGUUGUGUCAGCGGUCGCUGAGCUGGCGGCGUGUGAUUGGCUGUCGACUGCUGCGGCUGGGAAGAGGGAGAAGAGCAAAUGCAGCGGGAAGGAGGGAAGUGGUGGCGGAGUGAGGAGGAGUGGAGUGAGGAUGGGCGGUAGCAGCAGGAGGAAUGGAGGAAGGUUCCUCGAGUGGCUGGGGAAGCUGCCUUUGCAGCCGGCGCUGCUAGCUCUUCAAGUGAGGUGGACGGUUCUGGUUGAAGGGAUUUUGGCAGGCGGGGAAGGGGAGGUAGAUGAGCAAGGGUUGCAAGUGAGGGGUGGAAAGGAAGCAGGGCUGGAGGCUCUUGUGGUGGGGCUGGAGGGGGAUUUUGAGUCGACUCAAAAGCAGAGGGGUGGAAAGGAAGCAGGUCUGGAGGCCCUGGUGGUGGGGCUGGAGGGGCUUCUGCAGUGGCUGGCACGUGCCGUGAGGGAGCGGAGAGAGCUGGCUAGGAGCGCAGCGGGGGCAAGAGGAGGAGGAGCAGGCAGAGCAGCAGGGGGAGCAGGGGGAGUAGGAGAGGGGGCAGGUGGCGAGGAGGGGAGGUUGAUGGAGGGCAAGUGUGAGGCGGUGAUAACUGUGCUGGUUCACCUGCUGGAGAGCAGUAAGGCGCUGCUGGUGGAGCAGCGUGAGGAGCAGGCACGGGCAAAAAAGGAGGAGGAGGAGGAUAAGGAGAAUAUGGAGUGUGCAGGGCAGCAGAAGCAGAAGCAGAAGCGGAAGGAGAGGAAGCAACACGGGCUCUCCCUCUCCUCCUUUGCCUGGCGAAAAUGCCUCCGAUACUACCUCGACCCGUCCCUCCCUCCCCUCCACCGCCUCUCUGUUCAAAUCGCCGACGCCUCUUUCACCUACGGGUUUGAAUACUCUGGCUGUACUCCCUCCCUCGUCCGCACCUCCCUCACUGACCGCUGCUUCCUCGCACUUUCCCAAGCGCUCUGGCACGGGCAGGGCAGCGCUCUGAUUGGUCCAGCUGGCACGGGGAAGACGGAGACGGUCAAGGCGCUCGGGCGGCAGCUCGGGCGGCCGGUUUUGGCGUUAUCCUGUGAUAGGAGUUUUGAUAGCGCGGCGGUGGGGCGGGUUUUGGAGGGAGUGGCGAGGCUGGGCGCGUGGGGGUGUAUGGAUGAGUUCAACCGGUUGGACGAGAGUACAAUGUCUGCGAUCUCGCAGCACCUGGUGGCGAUUCAGGGCGCGCUGAGGGAGGGACGGAGAGAGGCCGUGCUGGCUGGGACUGCUGUGCCCGUGCACCCCGCUACUGGUGAGUGGGCGUGGGUGGGUGGGUGUGUGUGCACCCUGCUACUGGUGAGUGGGUGUGGGGGGAUGGGGGAAACAGGGUCGGGGUGCAUGGAUGAGUUCAACCGGUUGGACGAGAGUACAAUGUCUGCGAUCUCGCAGCACCUGGUGGCGAUUCAGGGCGCGCUGAGGGAGGGAAGGAGAGAGGCCGUGCUGGCUGGGACUGCUGUGCCCGCAGCCAUAUGA